AAGACCGACGGGCGAGUCGCCAGGGGGCGCCAGGCCCAAGCCGUCCCAACGACGCGUGCUGGCUAGGGGAGCUGAGCUGCCGAGGAACGACGCAAACCUGCCAGAAGAGGGGGAUGAGUCCAGGGUGCUGUUGCGACUGCAGAAGGCUAAACCACUCCGGCGCGAUCACAAUACCCAGAAGGCCAUCAUACAGUGCCCGGGGUAGGCCCGGACGACCGUGGGCCGGCCCCGCCAACCACGGCACAGCGCCUGACGUCGGGCCUCACCUUCGCCUCCCACAUCUCGCUCAGCAGCGCCAGCACCCGCUGCCACUGCUCGCCUUUCUCGCACGCGCUGAUCCCAGCAGUGUAGCUGAUGACGUUGGGCUCAAGCUUCGCCUCCCACAUCCCGCUCAGCAGCGCCAGGGCCCGCUACCACUGUUCGCCCUUCUCGCACGCGCUGAUCCCACCGCUGUAGCUGAUGGCGUUUAGCUCCAGCUUCACCUCCCGCAUCUCGCUGAGCAUCACCAGAGUCCGUUGCCACAGCUCGCCCUUCUCGAAAGCGCUCAUGCCAGAGUUGUGUCUAUCUCGUGCGAACACACAAAGCAACUGCUCAAGCGAAGCGGCAGGCUAACGCGGCGAAUCUGAAAUUUUGGCGACCGUCUAUUGGCUCGAUUCUCACAUCUUGCUGAACAGUGCUAAAGCCCGCUGUCACUGCUCGCCCUCCUUGCCCCGGGGCUCCGCAGGUGGAGAUGCUGCCACUGAUGUCGGCAUAUCUGGCCAUACGCAAAUCUCAACACCCAGUGACUCAAAGCAGCGACGUACCUCUUCAUGUAUAUCUUCUGGCAAAUCAAGGAAGAGCUUCGUCGGAAUCGGUGGUGGGCGCUCUCGGACGGUCCAACUGAGAAAGAACAGCGCACCCAUAGCCUGCUUCAUGUGGUCAGUCGAGACGCCCGGCUUCACUUCGCGAAAAUCUAUCCUGGUGAGGGUGCCGCUUUCGUCAACGUGAGACUUCACGACAUCGGUGAAGAAGGUCAGGCCACCCACAGCGCCAACGCCCGCCGUAUCCUCUACGUUGCCAGGGGAUCGUUUGCGAAUCCACUGCUGCGAGACAGCAACCUCAGCUGUGGUAACUAUACUGCCACGUCGUACAUGGUUGGUGCUAUAAGUACGCUUGCUUCCGUUACGACGCUUGAGAUCGUGGAUUCCUGUGGGGCACACACGAUUGCGAGCCUGUCCGAUACACCUAGCUGGAUCAUCUGUGUUUCCAGCGCUCGCGUGUAAUGUCAGAUCAGCCUCUUCGGGUUUACUUUGCCGUUCGAGCGUGUCUCAGUGAUGACGCUCGGUUCAAGCGUAGUCGCACGCAUCCCAUUCAGUUGUACCGAAGCCCGCUGCAACAGCUCGCCACUCUCGCAAGCACUGGUCUCAUCGCUGUCCCCGAUGGUGUUGGGCCGUAAUUUUGCAUCCUGCAUCUUGCUCAGCAGCGCCAGGGCCCGCUGCCACUCCUUGCCUUUCUCGCACACGCUGAUCCCAGCACUACAGCAGCUGAUAACGUUGGGCUCCAGCUGCGCCUCCCGCAUCUCGCUCAGCAGCGCCAGGGCCCGCUGCCACUGCUCGCCCUUCGCGCACGCGCUGAUCCCAGCACUAUAGCUAAUGACGUUGGGCUCCAGCUUCGCCUCCCACAUCUCGCUCAGCAGCCCCAGGGCCCGCUGCCACUGCUCGCCCUUCGCGCACGCGCUGAUCCAAGCACUAUAGCUGAUGACGUUAGGCUCCAGCUUCGCCUCCCGCAUCUCGCUCAGCAGCGCCAGGGCCCGCUGCCACUGCUCGCCUUUCGCGCACGAACUGAUCCCAGCACUGUAGCUGAUGACGUUGGGCUCCAGCUUCGCCUCCCACAUCUCGCUCAGCAGCGCCAGGGCCCGCUGCCACUGCUCGCCCUUCGCGCACGCGCUGAUCCCAGCACUAUAGCUAAUGACGUUGGGCUCCAGCUUCGCCUCCCGCAUCUCGCUCAGCAGCGCCAGGGCCCGCUGCCACUGCUCGCCCUUCUCGCACGCGCUGAUCCCAGCAUUAUAGCUGAUGACGUCUAGCUCCAGCUUCGCCUCCCACAUCUCGCUCAGCAGCGCCAGGGCCCGCUGCCACUGCUCGCCCUUCGCGCACGCGCUGAUCCCAGCACUACAGCUGAUGACGUUGGGCUCCAGCUUCGCCUCCCGCAUCUCGCUCAGCAGCGCCAGGGCCCGCUGCCACUGCUCGCCCUUCUCGCACGCGCUGAUCCCAGCACUAUAGACGAUGACGUUAGGCUCCAGCUUCGCCUCCCACAUCUCAUGACGUUGGGCUCCACCUUCGCCUCCCACAUCUCGCUCAGCAGCGCCAGGGCCCGCUGCCACUGCUGGCCCUUCCCGCACGCGCUGAUUCCGGCGCUGUAGCUGAAGACGUUACAAUACAUCUUCUUCAAAACCAUAACCCGUAGUACCGACAGAGCUUGCUGCCACUGCGUGGCUUUUCCGAAUGCCCUGACAGUUGCAAUGUCCUGGCCUGGGCUUGCUUUUGCAUGUGGUUCGGGCGAUUCGAUGGGCGGGUGCAACGGGUGCUUCGCCGCGAUCCAAUGCUCUGUCCAGACGCCUGUUGGAGGCCGCACGUUGUGGAGGUCGCCUCGAGAUCCUCGGCGGAUGUCUGUCAUACUAGAAUAUAUUGGGCAACGCUUUAAGACUGGCGUGGCUCCGACCAGAGUGUCUCCAACAAGAUUCAAGGAUCGCGAAUAAAAAAAGCAUGACGGUGAAACGAUUCAACUCCGAAGUGCCUUGACCCCAAAUGGAC